AUGGAAGUCCCUAAGAUCUUAGAGAACCUAAAUGAUAUUCAUCAAAAUGAGGAGGAAGAAAGCAAAUAUCGAGUUAUAGGAGAGGAAUUAAGAUCAAUUUAUAAUCAAUCAUCAAAGCCAGGUUUUAUGAGAUCUGUAUAUAGAGUUGUUUCGCAGGUACCUGAGCAUGGCCAAAACUGUUUUAUCAGCAAACUGAAUAAUUUACUACCAAAAGCUUCUCUAAGUAAAAGACUGAACUUAUAUUCUUUGCUUGCAAAAAACCAAACGACAAUCAAGCUUAGCAUCCCCACCACACUUUUAAGACUCGAAGGGAGAGAAAAACCAUAUUUGCUUCAAACAAGAAGGGAUGGAUUUUUGCAAGUAAAACCCUGCCAUGAAGAUGAAUUUUUUGUCCACAAAUGUAAAAUGAAUAAUGACAAUUUUCCAUUAAAUUGUGGUAAAAUCCAAGGCAGAGAAUUACUUUUAUUUUUCACAAAAGAGCAAUCAGAAAAAUUUUGAAAUUCGAAUAAAGAAGAACGCUGCUUACAAAAUUUUAUCCUAGGAAAGUCAAACCCUGCAUCUAUAACCCGAGUAUUAUGGAGAGAAGGUAUGAAAAAUAGAUAUUUUACCAUCAUAAAUCGUAGGAUGAUUAAUGAAAAAGAGAAAAAAAGCCCAAAUAAAAAAAUCAACGCACAUAAGAGGAAUAGCUCAUUUACAAGCAUGGCUGAAUUUAAAUAUUCUAAUUUCCCAUGGAUAGCGCUAUUUUGGCCUUGAUUUUCCCACUGGGAAAAUUUUUUGGUUUGACCAAACCAUAUGGUACUGGUCGAACCAAAAAAUUUUCUAGUGGGAAAAUCAAGGCCAAAACAGCGCCAUCCACAGGAAAUUACAAUAUACAAAUUUAAUUUUCCCUACUUCAAAGUCUAUCAAUAAUCCUUUCAAACUAAGCAAAAGAGUUGAAAGAGAUAAAUCACAUUCAUUCACUUUAGACAUAGAAAAAAGCUCUACACUUGAUAGUAGUUUUCAUACGAACGUAGAUGGAGAAAAGAGUUCAAGCGACAUUGACUAUACUGAUCACUGGAUUUCUCCUCAAACCAUAAGCCUAUUAAAAGAUGAGCUUAAUAAAGAAUUCAUUGUAUCAACCAAAAAUACUGAGAGUUGCUGUGCAAUAGAAACCUUCAUCAAAAUCGACGAUAUAGAAGCCAUGGUUGAUCAGAUUAUUAAUUUUUUAAACACAUUGGUGUUUCGGCAAUAUAAUAUCAAAGGAAUCGUCCUAGAUUUUAUGCAAGACAAAACUAAUUCUUGGGUACUAUUAAACUGCAAAGAAUAUACAAGCGGCUCAAGAAUCAAUCUUGAAGUCAAUAAUCUCAAUCUACGCAGAAAAUCCCAAAAAUCAAACAGAUCACAAUCUCUUGAGUUUUCAAAUAUAGAAGAAGAGGCUGAAAAGAGAAAGCCAGCCAAAGGAAAAUUCAAAGCACAUUAUGAUGAUACUCAAGAAAGCAAAAAGAAUCUACCAUUUAAAAUUAAAUUAAAAAGGCCUGCUAUGGCAGAGAAAACUUUAAUGAUGAGUGAAAAAGAGCUUCUGGAAAGAUGCAAUAAAGUAAACGAAAAAUUAGAUAAAAUUCUGACUCAAGGCCAAUCAGAAUGAUUAAGAACAUUUAACCCUAAAGAAGAAAGCAUCAAAAACUACAAACCCAUGUAUAAUUUCUGUAAGACACCUCAAAUGGACCCAAAAAUUAAAAGUUGAAAUUCCAUUCAAAGCGAGUAUGAAAAAGAAACUCAGCCAAAAGAAACUUUUUGGGAUGAUAAAAAACACAUUUUUACUCGAAAAUGCAUUAUGGAUGCUGUCGAUAAUAUUGAUGAAAUGGCUAUGAAUGUACAAAUAUCUAGAACUAAAAAACAAAAUUUGGUUAAGAAAUACGGCGGAGAUGAUUUUUGAAACCAAUUUAUUAUAUCACUUUAUAGUAAAAUUCUUCAAAAUGCAGCUUUAAAAGCUAGAUUUAAGUUUACGCGUGUUGAGAAUUUUGAUAUGAUUGUGACAGGGAUGUUUAAAAUAUUUGAUGGAGAUAUUUCGUUAGAGUUUAGAAGAAAAGUAAGGUCAAUUCAUCAAAAUAUGAGCAUUACGACAUUUGAGUUUAAUUCCUAUGUAAAUUUAUUCAACGCUACUCUUUUGGAGUUUGAUAUUGAUAGCGAAGAUCAGCGAAUAAUAAUGGCUCAGAUAAAUUCCAUGAAAGGGUUAGUAUGCAGAUAA